CGCUAUCGGGUUCACCCUCCAGUAGCUAGCCACAGGGAAGAACUCAGCAUGGCUGCCUCGUCCUCCCUCACCGCUCAGCUCAAGCAGCUCGCGGGGGCUCAUGUCCCCGGCUCCUCAAAGGGAAGGGCCUCAUUGCUGUUCUCGGCGAAACAGGCCGCCGAUAUUGACUCCGACAGCUUGUUCGACAUCGGUCGGGCUGCGUUGACUGACUUGUGCACACACAACUUGGCCUUUGGAGAGUUUGAAAAGUCUCUAUUUUCCGAGGCGUUCAAGAAUUUGGAUAGGAGUUUGCAGACAAAAGAGGAGAACGUUCUCAUCGACAACACCAUCGCAAAGUUCUUGCGUCUGCUGUCGCCUCACUUCUUACUCCAAAGCUCAUUCAAAGCACUCGAAUGGCUUAUCCGGCGCUUCCGGGUCAACGAACUCAACGUCGACCACAUGAUGGAAUGUAUACUGCCGUACCACGAAACGAAACAGUUCGUGCAGGUCGUUGCGAUCUUGGGGCUCGAAGAUACAUCCCGAUGGGCUUUCCUCAAGGGCAUCCAAAAGUCGAAGGUCCCUCUGGAUCGAGUUACCCUCGUUCAACGCCUGAAGAACGACAAAUCAAUCUUGCAAUUCAUUUGCGAUAUGGCUGCAACCUCACAAACGAACAACAUCGUCAAUAGGACACUCUGGACCUUCUUCGCUUGCACCCUCAUCCAAUACGUGCAAUCCCUGACUGUGGUCAGCGAUGAGAGCAUCCGCGUCUUGUUUGCGCCACUCCUCACGUUGUUGACGGUAGCAAAUCCGCAGUUCGCGGACUUGCUUGUGACAUCUCAAAUGGUCUUCACGCAAAUCGCCAGUCGAACUCCUCUCAAUCCCGAGAUUGUAAUUGCGAUUGUUCAGAACACCGUCUCUGGCUUGAACCCCGGGAAUCUGCAUAAUGCUCUGAUUUUCUUGUUGACGAUAUACCGAUCACAGAACCUCGAGACGUUCCCCACCGCGUCUCUGGAGAAGCUCUUGGCACAGCCUCAGGCAGCAAAUGUCGUAGCCCAGUUGAAUGCGACGUAUGAAGCGGAUGCAUUGCUUCGUGCGAUCCUGACCACUGCCGUACAGCACCUCGCAAUAACGGAGCAAAAUGGGGCGAAGGUGGAACACUUUGUCAGCGUACUCAUUAAAAAAGGGAACCCUACAUUCGGUCUCUUGAAGAGUUUCGUAGCUACGACCUUCGACGUAUAUCUGGAAGGGAAGGCGAAGCAAAGGAUUGUGGGUGGAGGAGCGCGCUUGAGAAACGUACUCAAUAUGCUCCAGAACUCGCAUCCGGGACUCGUUGAUAACGCCCUGGAGCACAAACUCCAGGAUGCCGGGAUUGCUGGCAACAAAGCUCAACGGGAGAUUCUCUACGACUUUGUUUCUACCUCUUUCAAAGGUACUGCUGGUGAGGUUCUGAAGGACUCCAGCACAACAUUAUAUCUCAGCUUGCAACACGUGGAUGUCGGUAUUAGAGUACUCGCUUUGGAGAAGCUCGGCCAGCUGAUCGCAGCUGGCGAUGCGAAGAGCUUCGGCGACCUGGAGCACAUCAUCCUGACCCGCCUGCAAGAUAAUGACGACGUCAUCGUCAAGGCCGUUUUCGCACUCCCGAACCUCACUUCUCUCGUGAAACCCACUAACCUGACCCGAGCAAUGCAAAUGGUCCUCCGAUCCGAAUCGGUGGGCGCAAAGAAUAAGAUCCGCGCUUUUGAUCUAUGCGCUCAGCUCCUGGAAGCGUCCCCGAACGCGUCGGCGGACACUAAGGUCGAUCUCCUUCCCUUCUUUUCCCUGACGAAUGGGAACAGGAAAGUUGUGAAACAUGCUUUCGCGGCUGGCCAGAAAACGGCUCUGGGCAGCCUUGUGGCUGGAUUGGAGACACUCGCGGACAAAAUCGAAGUCAGUGAGGGCAAAGCUGCGAAGGGGAAGAAGACGGGGUCUGUCAAGGAAGUUGCUGCUAGUGCGUUGGAAAUCUUGGCCCGCAAUGCGGUCAAGGCCGGUGUGCCGGCAACCGAGUUGUACGUUAAGGGUUUGGCUUCUGACAGCCAGAUCGGACGCACCCUUAGCGCCUUGGUCCUCGUCCGCUCGCUUGGGUUGAGGACGCCGUCGGAGCGUCUUGUGCUUGCGGCGCAAAUCAUUCCUGCUCUGUUCGACAAACUUACUACCUUUGAGCUGAAUGAUGAGUCACCGGCGGAUGUGACCUGUGCAUCUCGAACUGGAGUCCCGUCGGAUGCGGCUUGGACCUCUAUUAUCUCCCUAUCGCAAGCCGAAUCUGCCUCUGGCGCGUUCGAUGCGGUCAUCCUCAUGGACGCUGUGCAGAACACCAUCGCGCUUUCUGUGAAACCGACCGACGCCAGCGUUUCCUGGUUCGGCGCUUCAACCGCGGACACCGCGUCAUACGAAAGCUUUGUCGUCAUGCUCUUCGAGCGAAUCAUGGCCCUCAACUCAACGCAAGCCCGCGAAACUCUCCUGUUGAGCGUUAUCGAACAUCAUCUCCGCAUGAACGUCGUUGAUUUCUGUGCCGCCUUCGCAAGCCGUCAAGACUUCUCUGCCCCAUCGAGAGCUGCUGCCUGGACUGUAGCUGCAGCCUACCUGAAAAUCACCGCAGACGACUCUGUGCUGAUGAAGUACGACUAUCAGCUCGUCGUCCCAUGUCUCCUCGCUGCUCUCGUGGACGAGAACGCCUCUGUCCGACAGGCUGCCUUGAACUGUUUGCAAUCCAUCAAGCUGAACUACACGAAAUGUCUCGGAGAAAGUAAGAGCAAGGGCAAGGGGCACAAGAAGCCGAAUGUGCAGAUCUUUUCCUACGACCAGUUUUACGGCAAGUCGACCGAGUCAGUGCAGUACUUGACCACGGAUGCUGCGGCUAGCUUUGUUGCGACCUUGUUGGAAGGCGCGGAAGAGCUCUCGACGGAUGCCAGUUUCUUGGACCGGUACAUCCUUGCGCCGUUGACUGCAAAAGGGUCCAGCAAGAGCGGUGCGCACUACAAGGAGGAUCUCUUGUCCUUCCUUCUUACGAACGUGCUCGCCAUGCCCAUCACUUCAGCGAAAAUCGCGUUGUUGAAGAUUUUAGAGAGCGUCGACUCCCCUCUCAAGAUCAAAACCCUCCUACCCGCGUUGGAAACCACAGUCAAGACGCUCCGUGACUCGACCACCACCAGGACGGAUAUGGAGGAAGCUGCGCGGUUGAUGGCUAUACUGGUGAAAUGCUUCACCCCGGGGACCAUGGCGAACCUGUUCAAGCAGAAAAGCGACAAAUGGACCCGCGCGUUCUGCCAGCUGCUCGAUUCUCGCGAAGUCGGUGCCGUCGCAGUGGCUGACUACCCAUCUGUGUCGUUGCUGGCUCUUGAGCAGGUCCACCAGGCUGCGUUUGGCUUUAUCCCCGUCGAUCGCCAGAACGAGAUUUUCUCUGCUGUUGUGAAGUUGGCUUACGACGGUGACAGCGAUACCGUCCAGCAAGCAAAGGAGGUGCUCAGGAGAGUCGAUAUCACCUGGGAACUUGUCGCUGCUCAGUUUGCGACGUGCCAGAAAGCCCUCAAGGCCACUGAAGGCCGCCCGGCGAAGAAGGGCAAGACCGGAGUCGCCGAGACGACGGACACGUUCUACCGCUUGAGCGCGCUGCUGGAGACCCUGGAAUACAAGCAGAACGUGGCAGAGAAGCACAAGCUCGUCGGACCGCUUUUCGAGCUCUUAAGCUGCAUCCUCAACGCCGAGAUCUCCAACAUCCCCGGUUCCGUCGAAUACGUCAAGCAGCUUAUUUUCUCUGUUGCUCUCUCGCUAUUCCAAGCUGUUAAGGAGCACGGACUCUACGUGGACGAAACAUCCCUCCGCGUCGACUUGAUUGUCCAGUGUAUUCGUGUCACCGAUAACCCGCAAACCCACAACGCCUGCCUGCUCCUCAUGGCGGCCAUCGCGACCGUCUACCCUGAGAGCGUGCUGCUCAGCAUCAUGCCCGUGUUCACCUUCAUGGGCGCCAAUGUCCUUCGACAGGACGAUAACUAUAGUUUCCACGUUAUUCAGCAGGCUUUGACUACCAUUAUCCCGGCUUUGGUUGCCAAGUACCAUGUGGACAACAAGGACAACAAGCAGCAGAUGUUGCACGAGGUCAAGCCUAUUGUCGGCGUCUUUGUCGAUGCGCUUGUGCAUAUCCCCAAACACCGCCGCUUAAGACUGUUCACGGUGCUCAUCUCGACCUUGGGCCCGGACGCGUUCUUGGAUAUGGUCAUCCUACUGCUGCUUGCCAAGCAUUCUAGCAAGAACAAACUUCCUGCCCACGGCACUGAGGGCCUUGUGGAGUUCAUUUUGUCGCUCAUUGUGCAGUUCUCGGUCACGACCCAGCUUACCGCCCUGACCUCGAUGAUCCAGACUGUCUCCGGUCUGCCGUUCGAUCAGAGCGAAGUGGAUGGCAGCGACUCGCGGAUGGCGGUCGAUCACGUCGGCAUCAUCGACCCCAGCGCGCAUUCGGCCAAAGAGUUGCGACAGCUCAAACUUUCCACCGUCGACUUCGCCAACCGCCUCCUCGGCAACAAGCAGUUCAUCACCAAAGCGCUUACUGUGCCGGACGCGGAGAUCGAGGCGUAUCUCUUGGACCUCAUCGAAGCCAACCUUUUGUUCAUCACGACGAUCAACGCACACCAGGCUUUUAAUGGGAAGAACGCCAGCUCGGCCAGUGGAAAGUUUGCUGUGACAUUGAACAACGUCCUGUAUGACGUUCUCGGCAAAGCCAACGGGUUACUCUCUGUGCCCGCGUUCCUGAGCGUCGUGUCGAAAUUGAUGAAGCACGACAGCCACUCCAUCCGACGCAAGGCCAUCAACUUGCUCGACAGCAAGGUUACGGCCAUCGCGGACGAUAUUGACGAGAGUCUUUUGCCUGAGUUUACACGCAUCGCGGAAGACCUGCGCGUCAUCGUCGUGGAUGCCGACGAGAGCGGGGACGCGUUGGAGGAUAAGCAGACUGCGCUGUUGUGCUUGACCACGAUGGCGCGUAUCAUGGCUAGCGACGAUGUGGAGACUUACGUGAAGAUCCUGCAAUCGAUCAUCAGCGAACAUAUUCUCUCCUCCAAGAACUCGCAGAUCGCCGCGUCGGCUAUGGUCUGCCUCACCGCCAUUUGCGUUCAAGUCGGAUCAAAGGUGUUGUCGUUCCUGCCCAAGUUCAUGCCGGCCAUUCUGAAGAACCUGCAGAAUGUUCUAGACUCGCAGGAUGCAGAGGCAAAGCAGCUGAUGGUCCUGGGAUCCCUCGGCUCGCUCGACGCGCUCGUGGACACGGUUCCGCAGUUUGUUAGCCCGUAUGUGUACACGAUCCUGGAGCUGGGAUUCAGGGUUGCGUUGGUAAAUGCCAAGAAUGGCGGCGUCCAGGACCGCGUCUCGGAGAAGAGCAACGAGCUGUUGACUAAUGUUGCGGAGAAGGUCGCGCCUAGGAUCAUGUUGCCCGCCAUCUUCACCUACCUCAAGACCGCACUUCCAGCCGGCCGCCAUUCGAUGCUGGCGCUGUUCGACCUUGUGGGCAAGACCAUCUCGCACAUGUCACGCACCGACCUCACGCAGUAUAGGAUGGAGCUGUUCCGGUUCUUCUUGGUUGCGUUUGACUACCGACGUAUCUACGCUGACACGGUGACUGAAGACGACAUUGAGACAGUGGAGAAUAGCAUCAUCUCUGCGUUCUUACAGCUGGUUAUGAAGCUGAACGAGACGCUGUUCAAGCCGUUGUUCUUGAAAAUGGUCGACUGGGCCACUUCGGAGCUGCUUGUGAAGCAUGGUCUGAGCGAGAAGGACGUCAACGCUCGCCAGCUGUUCUUGUACCGCCUCGUGGACAGCUUGCUGGGCAGGCUCAAGUCCAUCUUUGCCCCGUACUACGCCUACGUCCUCACCAACUCGAUUACCAAACUGGAGGCGUACAAGGAGAGCAAAAAGACCGACGCAUUGUGGAUCAACAUCGUCAGCUCUCUCCACAAAUGCUUCCUGUACGACAGCGACGGGUUCAUCGACGCCGACAAAUUCGAAACCCUCCUCCACCCGCUCGUCGACCAGAUCGACGCGUUGGACGUUAACGCCAAGGACUACAUCCCGCGCGUCACGCGGUACCUCGUGCCUUGUAUUGGCCAGUUGGCGGUGACGGUUGGCAAGGACACUUUGUGGAAGCCGCUUAACCAUCAAGUGCUGAUGAAGACGAGGAGCGAACAUGCCAAUGUGCGGCUGGUUGCACUGAAGGUGCUGCAGGAGCUGUAUACGAGGUUGGGAGAGGAGAUGUUGAUCUUGUUCCCGGAGACGAUUCCUUUCUUGGCUGAGUUGAUGGAAGAUACGGACGAGGAAGUCGAGAAGGCCUGCCAGGAUGUGUGCGCACAGAUCCAACAGUACAUCGGCGAAGAUAUCCAGCAGUAUUUCUCGGCGUAGAUGAAGAGUGAUCUCUCGAUGGGCUCAUCAAUCGAUGCGGGCCCAACGGGCAAGACCCCUCCCAUUUUUGUGUAAUUUAUGUAAACUAGCAUCCUUUCCUAUAUAUUCAGCCCUUCCAAUACUUAUGUAUUUCUCUCAUCAUUGGCAUCAUUUAGCAUUUAGAGUUGUUGGUAGCGACAGGCAUAGCAGGUCUCAAUAACCUUUGGAUUGGUGACGACGGUUUGGAACAGACGCGAAUAUGCUGCGCCGUCAUUUAGAACAACGCGUCACGUCCAGUCGGCGGCGUAAGGAGUUCUCGUCAGUUAUUUCUUUAAAAUUGAAGGUUUUGUUGCGGCCCGUCAAAGGAGCCCUUUUGGUUGUCCGCCGUUGUGAUGAGAUCAGUCCAAGAUGACAGCCUGAUAUCAGGAAGACCUGCAGGGUGCAGAUGUGCAGAUGUGCAGAUACUAGC